UUUCGCCAGGGCCGCUGUAUCAUUUCCUUCCUCUCAUUCUCGUCCGCGAAGCGUUGCGUUUGGCGCUCGCUGCAUCAAUUCAUCAUCGCCUCUCAUUAUCUCUUCUUGUUCUACUUCUUCUUCUGCUUCGUCUUCGUCUUCGUCUUCUUCUUCGUACUACAUUCUCAUUCAGAAGCCUGGAGUUCUUCGCAAAAAAUUCCACGUCGACCCCUGGUUCCCAUUCUUUUCCUCGAAACGCGAGCGGGCCCACUAGCGAUCCGACUGUCACCCAUUGAAAGUGUGUUCAUACAAUCAGGGGAAACGUCGAAAAGAGAGAGACAGAGAGAGAGAGAGAGCGCGUUUGCAAGCAGACGUGGGAGCGACGGAAAAGAGCAGGGUGUACAUAUAUGGUUGGGCAAUACACAGCCAGAGCAUUACCAUAACGGCUCGAGCUGAGUGGGGACAUACCAGUUGCUACGAACCUCGUUGUAGGCAACAGGCUUUCGCUUCCCACCAAAAGCAGAUUCGUCGUAGUAGGGACACUUUAUUCUAAUUUCUAUUCACUGCAAAUUCUGUGUCCGAUCGCGAGAUCCGGACCUCCAACACCUUCACCACGGCCGUGCUAUCAGCAAAUCCGCGGCACAGCCUCGUGCUCCCGCCUCACAUGCUUGGCAUGCAGAACGAGACCAUGUCGUCCGCACCGAACAACUAUGGGCAUCGCCAGACGCAGUCGUUUGCCGUCAAACCGUCCAUGAGCCCCGACGAGAACGGCUUUCCCCAGCAAUCAUCAUUCCAUCGAGCACAACCUUCCUUGGGAGGCUAUGGAGCCAGACAUGGCCACAGGAACAGCAUACAGCCCAUCAAUACCGGGCGAAUGGCAAGCCAAAGCUACAAUGUCCCCGACAUGCAGACCCCUCAGACGGGAUAUGAUGUGAACUUCACACCACUCCUCCCGACCAAUCUGCUCAUGGGCAGUCCAUUCCAGCCCGGCUCGCCCACUGCGUUCCAGUCACCGCAGUUCCAAAGCUUCCAGCAACAGCCCAGCGGAUCUCGCCAUCACCAAAACCAAAUGAGUAUGAGCCAAGCAUUUCAGCAGCAGCAGCAACAACAUCAACAUCAACAGCAGCAGCAGCAACAGCAGCAGCCCAUGCUGUCUCCCAGCGCAUACCAGCCCCUAGGCUCCCCGAAUGCGUAUCAGAACUCGUCAUAUUUUGGGGGCCUCCAGUCGCCGACUACGGGUUUCAGCUCCAUUGCUGGUAUGCAGAUGGGCGGUUACGGUCAAGCAAUGCACAGCCUGGCUCCGGGCAUCGUGUCUGGCACCAGCCGGACCGUCUAUCUCGGCAACAUCCCUCCGGACACUUCUGCAGAAGAGAUUCUGGGCCAUGUGCGGAGCGGUCAGAUCGAGUCUGUUCGGCUACUACCUGACAAGAACUGUGCUUUCAUCUCGUUCCUCGACGCCAGCUCCGCCACUCACUUCCACUCGGACGCCAUCUUGAAGAAGUUGUCGAUCAAGGGACAGGAUAUCAAGAUUGGCUGGGGCAAGCCCUCUUCGGUGCCCACCUCAGUAGCGCUGGCGGUACAGCAGUCGGGGGCAUCACGUAACGUAUAUCUGGGCAACCUCUCCGAGGACAUGAGUGAAGAAGAGCUGCGAGAAGAUCUGGGCAAGUUCGGUCCCGUCGAUACCGUAAAGAUUGUGCGCGAAAAAGCCAUUGGCUUUGUCCAUUUCCUCUCCAUCGGCAACGCGAUCAAGGCUGUCACUCAGCUUCCUCAGGAGCCCAAGUGGCAGGCGCCCCGACGUGUGUACUAUGGCAAGGACCGCUGCGCGUAUGUGUCAAAGACUCAGCAGCAGAAUGCAGCGCAGUACUUGGGAAUUGCCCCUGGUUAUGCACAUGUCCUGAACGGCGCGGAUCGCGACCUCAUUACGAAUGCUCUGGCGCAGCAGUCCGUUGCUGCAGCUGCAGUGGCGACCACUGCCGGUGGAGUGAAUAACCUGGGCAAUCGAACGGUGUAUCUGGGCAACAUUCACCCCGAGACGACCAUUGAGGAAAUCUGCAACGUGGUACGGGGCGGCCUGCUGCACCACAUUCGAUACAUCCCCGACAAGCACAUCUGCUUCGUCACAUUCAUCGAUCCCACUUCUGCUGCCUCGUUUUAUGCUCUCAGCAAUCUACAAGGCCUGAUGAUUCACAACCGGAGACUCAAAAUCGGCUGGGGCAAGCACUCGGGAGCGCUGCCUCCCGCCAUCGCAUUGGCAGUAUCUGGUGGAGCCUCUCGAAACGUAUAUGUGGGCAAUCUGGACGAGACGUGGACGGAAGACCGCCUGCGACAAGACUUUCAGGAGUAUGGUGAAAUUGAGCUCGUCAACACGCUGAGGGAGAAGAGCUGUGCAUUUGUGAACUUUACCAACAUUGCCAACGCAAUCAAGGCAAUUGAGGCUGUCAGGGGCAAGGAGGAAUACAAGCGAUUCAAGGUCAACUUUGGCAAAGAUCGAUGUGGAAACCCACCAAGACAAGUCAUCAACAACCAACAUUUGCAGCAGCAGCAGCAACAACAGCAGCAGCAGUCCAGCGAGAAUGGCGUCAGUUCGUCGUCUCCCGUCAACGGGCUGGCGCCGCACUCGCAACGAGCUCAGCACUCCGUGUCACCGGCAAGCUCUGGACCAUCUGCCUACAAUCCACUGCAAGGCCCGACUGCGUCCACGAUCUUCAACACUGGCACCAACAACCCGCUCACGUUAUACCUCCAAGCCACCCAGCAAAGCGCUCAGGCUGUCGCUGAACAACAAGCACAACAGGCCCAACGCAGCCUGAGCCCAUCGGAUUACGAACUCCCAACGACGACAUCCUACCAGCAACAGCAACAACAGCAGCCCACAUCUGCCACGGCGACACAUCUCUCCAACCAACAAGCAUUCUACAGCUCCCCCAACGAAGUCGCCGCAUCCCGUUCCGCCGGCUUGGAACCCCCUUCCCACAGCCAUCACCACAGCCACCACCACAGCCACCACAAUCUCCACCAUCUCGGCCACGGAAGCCAUCAAAGCGUCAAUAUCACCAACGGCAUGCAAGCAGGCAUGAACACUUCUUCUUCCCCUUCGUACUCCAACAACAACAACAACCAAUCCAGCAGUCAUCACAGCAACAAUGCCUCUUCCCGAAGCGCUCACAGUCGCGCCGUCAGUUUACCCGCUUUUUCGCUGCAGAGUAACUCCAAUUCGAACAACGCCAAUGGCAAUUCCAACUCGAAUAACAACAAUACUAAUAACAACAACAACAACAACUCCUCCUCCUCGCCGCAACCACUCUCUGGCUUGGGCUACAGUAGUGGUGAGGGCUACGGGUUGGGAGUUUCUCCCGGUUUGCCCGGUUGGGCAGAAGAGGAAGUUGCGUGAUUGUUGGUGGUUUUUUUUCUUUCGGUUGAUUCAUCUAUUUAUGUUGUUGCCGUUGUUGAUAAGGGGAGGAAAGAAAAUUUGGUAGUGGUAGGAAGGAGAACGAAAGAAGGAAAGAAGGAAAGAAGGAAUGGAGGAAUGGAAGAAUGGAAAGAGAUUGGAUUUUGUACCACUACUACUUACUACUGCUACUACUAUAUACUGUUGCUGAUACCACUGUCUACUUGCUACUUGCUACUACUACAACUACCUGUACUUUGCUUAUACGCGAUACGCGAAUUUUCGCGCUGGACAUCAAAUGGGAUAUGGGACAUAUAUAAUUUACUCUUCUCGAUGGUCUUCAUCAUCAUCAUCAAUCUCCUAGCUUGAUAUACCCUUGCCAAGCGAUCUCAAGAGCAUUGAAGGAAUGAAAAAGUAACAGCCGUACUCUCACCCUCCAAAUACACACACAUCUCCUCCUUGUUUCACUCUUCGUGUGGAAUCUCCUUCUACUACGCACGCUUGGUAUCCAUCCCUCUCUUUUCCAGAUACGUGCCGUUUUCGAAAGACUGCUCUAGUUUGCAUUCUGUUCGAUAUGAUGCAAUGAGCUCAAUGGGAGCUCGUUAUCAUCUCUGGAUUUCCGUCCAUAGUCUAGUAAAGAACGUUCGUUGGACAAAAGGCUGGAAUAUCAUGCCUACUUCUGACUGAGUGUCUAGAUGCUCUCGAGCGCCAUCUCACACGAGGCGAGACACGAUAACAUUGUUGGGCAUUGCAGUCUCCAUUCGCCCUGCUGCUUUCAACGCAGCCACACGGCCACCGGGAAAGGUUGUGCGGGGAAUACCCGGUCAACUCGUGCCAGGCCGAGUCCAAAGCGAUCGGCCCGGUCGAUACGCGUGCGACUGUACAGCAUGUCAGCACGUCAGGAGUGCUCUUCAUAUGUGAGACGAAUCUGCAAUUCGCACUUGGCACGGCGUCUUGGAAAGGCCAUUCAUCUCCAGCGUACAAGUAUUCGAUGCGAAGAUGCUCUACCGCACCUAAACCUGCUUUUGUCUCGCCUAUUCGCGUCCUCGAGUACUUGGCUGGACUUGGCAACUCCACUUCAUGGUGAUGCGGAAUGGUACAGUAGUUCGGUGAUUUCGUUUCAGCGCUUGUCCACGCGGUCCGACACGGGCCUGCCCAUUCACAUCUCACAUAGAUGAAUGUCACUUGCCGUGGGUGCCUAAACAUGAUUGAAGCUGGCCAUAGGUGAGGAUCAGGCGAGCAGCAGGAAAGUAUCUGAAAUAUCUAUUGCACGGCGCUCAUUACAAGCGCAUCAGCGUGGUAAGGGCUGCUGUGUCGUAGCAAUUGUGCUCGGUCCAUCGUCUGAGAUCGGUAUCGGUAUAGGUAGCUCAUCGUCCUUCUUCUCUUCAUGAUUGACGAACAAGAAAGACAAAACCACAAUACACGCGCCUAGCCAAUACCACGGACCUGCCGUCUGGUGGUCCAGGACGAUUUGGCCAAUCAAGGAAAUUGGUAUCGUCAUGCUUAGACCAACAGUGACGACGAUGGGCGAAGUCAAUAAUACAGCAUACGCCCAUGCCAUGUCGCUAACCAGGCUGCCUGCUGAGUUCAAAAUGACGACCAUAGUCACUCUCCAGUCCGGUGGCAGCUGAAAAGGUUCGAUCCCCGCGUAGUGGAAGACGACGAGCCCAGGCCAAAGACAGAGGACAUUGAUCAGACCUACAAAGCCGAAGAACACUGGCAUAUUGACACGGCUUUCAUCUCCAAUGCGCUUUUUCAUGAACACAGCGUAAAGACCGUACAUGACGGCCGAUAGAAAGGCCAGAAAGUCUCCAAUGGCAAUCUCUCGUAGUGUCUUUUCGGGGAAAUCACCUCGAUGCUCGUCGUCGUUGGUCUUACCAGACAGGUCUAGACUCGAAAUGACGAUGAUUCCAGAUAGGGAUGCCAGGACUCCGAGCAGUUUGCGCACUGUGAAGCGUUCCACCCGGAAGAUGGCUCCGAAGAGGAGUGUGAAGACGCUGCUGGUGCUCGUGAGGAUAGUUGAUGAAGCCACAGUGGUAUAUUGCAAACAGGCAGCCACGAAGUAGUUGGCGAGAAACCACAGAAUACAGAAUUCGCCGCUCAAUUUGAAGAUUUCAUGCAAAGUGAGCGGAUCCUCGGCCAGGUCCGCAGCAGAAGGGGUGUGCAUGUGCUUAGCGUUGAGCACAUCGGUCGUCUCCAAGGGCAGCUCGAGGAGCGCAUCGGUACUGCGCAGGACUGGGCUAUUGGAGGAAUUGCGCCCGUCUCCAUCUUCCUGCUUCAAAGGGGUGUACCGCCACUGUAGAGUGCUUCGUAGCUCAUCUCUCAACCGCCUCAGAUCUUCCGGAUUCUGGUAGGCUUUUUUAAUCAAUAUCGGUAUGAGGGGGAGAAUGAAGAAGGAAGUGUUGACAUAGGUGACGAAAUAUGGCUUCGAGUAGGUAUCGUCGGAGAAGAUGGAGCUGGCGAGGAAGUUCGUGCUGGUCCAGCCAAAUAUGGUCACGCCCAACAGGAGCAUGCCCACUGCUCUCCUCCACUUGCCCAGGUCCAUGACACUCUUCGAUGUUCUGACACUGCGCACGCUGCUCGCGACGUUUCCCAUCCUGCUGCCAUCAUUUUCAUAAUCAUAUCGGUCUCCGUGUCCUUCGUGUUCCUCUGCGGCGAAAGCAGGCGGGCCGGAGGGAUCAUGCGCGGCGGGAAUUGCGGACAUCACAGCGCCGAUUGGGGAGGUGAUGCGCAGUCACCGGGACUCGGUCGGAGGUAUAUCAGGUUGCGCGAGGCUGCUGGCGCUGCCCAUAGGAGUGCAGCUAGACGAUAAUGAGGAAGUCGAGGUUGAG